AUGGUUCAGCUUUCAACGAUUCAAAAGUUUGUCAAAGAAUCAUUCGCUUCGAGUUUGUGCAAUGUUUGUCUGGAGCUGGACAAAUUGAACCUUUUCCGACUAACGCAGCAAGACGAUUUUACAAAACGAAUCAAGCGAAUCAACACGCAGCGUUACUACACUCAACACAAGUUCAAUCUGAUUCGUGAAGAGAACGAGGGUUACUCGAAGUUGUUAACGUUUCUUCAUCAGUCCAAACUCACCGAAUCGACUCUUCUCUCCGUAAUCUCGAACGCUUGUGAGUUCGAGCCAUCGAAAUAUAUGCUGAUUCGAAAUCUGUUCAGCGAGUUCAAAACAGAGGAGAUUUCCCGGAUUUUGCGAUUCAAGUUUGUGUUUUAUCAGACACACAACGACGGUGUGGUGCCUUCUUCGCUUCUGCUUCUCUCCGCCCAGCUUUGUCGCGAUGGAUUCGUUUCCCUCGAUUCUAUCUUGUCCAGCUUCGCCAGCGAGGAAGUAAAGCUGCGUGAAUUCGCUCAGUCGCGCUUUGUUUCUCUGUAG